ACUUGCAAAGCUCUUGGCGUGCAGCACAAAAGGACGACACCAUACCACCCUCAAGCCAACAUCACGGAGCGUGUCAACAGAAACCUUAAAACAAUGCUGGUGGCUUUCACCGAGCGGCACAAGGACUGGGACGUUCGUAUCCAGGAGAUGGCUUUCGCCACAAGGACCACAGUAAACCGGUCGACAGGGUUUACGCCAGCGGCUAUUCUUCUCGGUCGCGAGCUCCGGUUUCCUAUUGAGCAUGCAUUCACCAACGGCUCUGAAUUACCAACUUGCAAUUACUCCACGUUCACACAAACUCUUUCCAGCCGCCUGGCCCACACUCUGAAGGAGGCCAGGGAAAACUUGGACCUUGCCCGCCUGGAACAUGGCAAUCAGUACAACAAAGGCAGGCGGGCCCUGGAGUUCGCGGUCGGCGACGAAGUGCUCCGCCGCACGCACCCACUCAGCGAUGCUGCAAAAGGGUUUGCUGCUUCCCUCGCGCCUAGAUGGGAUGGCCCUUACGUGAUCGCGAAACGUAUUUCUAGUUUGGUGUACCUCUUGCGGGAAAAACACGGCAGCAGAGUAAUAGGGCCCGUAAGCUUGCACGACCUCAAAGCGUACUACGAGCGCCCAUCGGACAGCAGUUAGCCUUUACCACGAGUCCAGCAGUUAACGCGGCUGUACCCUACGUCCGUUAUCUGUUAAUCGCGACUUCUUUUUACAUUUGCUGUCCUUGGAUAUCCUCGCCUUACGCAGAAUGCCAUGCUACCACUCCAGCGAAUGUGACCAGCCUGGCUGCCACGGCGGCCCAUCGAAACAUCACCUACGUCGUCGGCCUCUCACCGGGGCGACCGAUGUGCGCUAGCGUUGGUUGGGCGAAAAGUGCAUUGACUCUGAAGGAGCGCACGCCUUGAGCGCAACUGGGGCCGUCACGGGGAGCACCGAACGACGCCAGACACCAUUCCAGCCCAUCGCGUGCCAACUGCCCCGAACAUUUUGCUUCGCAAAAGCCGUGAUGUACUCGACUAGGACGAUGCAUGGUGCGGUUGGACAUAGUGUCGUUACAUAGUGUCGUUACAUAGUGUCGUUACAUAGUGUCGUUACAUAGUGUCGUUACAUAGUGUCGUUACAUAGUGUCGUUACAUAGUGUCGUUACAUAGUGUCGUUGGACACCCAGGCGGGUGUCCGGUCUUGUACGGGGGGGAGUGUCGGGCCCUUGGCCCUCUCUGCAGCGCGCACGGGGGAAGCCUUUAAAACGCGCGCCACAACGGCACUCGUCGCAUGGAGCAUGCGCAUCGAUCGCGGUAUCGUAAGAACUCGCGCGGGGACUGCCGGGAAGGCGGCUGCCCGAUAAGAAGGCAGCGGAGACUGCACUCGUGGCUUUUUGCGGGGCGCGGGCCUGGGGAGGCGCUGGUGGGGCGUGGCCCGUCUAGGUUUCUGUCCGAGCGUGCUACAGAGCAGGGGGAAAAGCGUCUUUGUAUUGUGUCUGCAUGAAAGAGUGCUCUUGUUGUUCGCUUGUGGGACUAUCUGCGCGCCUGGUUCGGUGCUUGCGUGCUUUCUGCGCUUUAAUUCUGUUAUCGCCCGAAAGAUUGUGUCGGUUGAUGGUUUGUAGCGGCCGUUCUUUCGUCGCUCCCUUUGGCUUGUAUAUUUUGUUGCUUCGCUGUUUUGCUGCUUGCUUCUUUGCUUUUGCUGCUUUUUGCUGCUUUGCUUAUUUACUGCUUGCUUCUUUGCCUUGUUCUUUUCUGCUAUUGGCCGCGAGGCUGCGGUAAUUUUGAGUGUUACGUUCUAUCGUGAAUUAAAACUGUUUUUGUUCUUUG